GUGUUCAGCAGUGUCCUACACAGUCUCAACGGUGUCCUACAGUCUCCAACAGUGUCCCUGCAGUCUCCAGCAUUUUUCUACACAGUCUCAGCAGUGUCUACACAGUGUUCAGCAGUGUCCUACACAGUCUCCAGCGUCUCUACACAGUGUUCCAGCAGUGUCCUACACAGUGUACAGCAGUGUCCUGCACAGUGUUCAGCGGUGUCCAUCCACAGUGUUCAGCAGUGUCCUACACAGUGUCUCCAACAGUGUCCUGCAGUCUCCAGCAGUGUCUACACAGUCUCCAGCCAGUGUCUACACAGUGUUCAGCAGUGUCUACACAGUGUUCAGCAGUGUCUACACAGUGUUCAGCAGUGUCUACACAGUGUCCAGCAGUGUCCUACACAGUUGUCUACAGUCUCCAGCAGUGUCCUACACAGUCUCCAGCAGUGUCCUACACGGUCUCAACAGUGUCCUACACAGUCUCCAACAGUGUCCUACACAGUCUCCAGCAGUGUCUACACAGUCUCCAAUAGUGUCCUACGGUCUCCAAUGAGUGUCCUGCACAGUCUCCAGCAGUGUCUACACAGUGUCCAGCAGUGUCCUGCACAGUGUUCAGCAGUGUCCUACAGUGUCCAGCAGUGUCACCGCAGUGUUCAGCAGUGUCUACACAGUGUCAGCAGUGUCCUACACAGUGUUCAACAGUGUCCUGCACAGUCUUCAGCAGUGUCUACACAGUGUUCAGCAGUGUCCUACACGGUGUUCAGCAGUGUCUACACAGUCUCAACAGUGUCCUACACAGUCCAACAGUGUCUACACAGUGUUCAGCAGUUGCCCUACACAGUCUCAGCAGUGUCUACACAGUCUCCAAUGAGUGUCUACACAGUCUCCAGCAGUGUCCUACUGAGUAUCCAGCAGUGUCUCACAGUCUCAACAGUGCCUACACAGUCUCCAACAGUGGUACAGUCUCCAACAGUAUACCACACGGUCUCCAAUAGUGUCCUACACGGUCUCCAACAGUGUCCUACACAGUCUCCAACAGUGCCCUACACAGUCUCCAGCAGUGCCCUACACAGUCUCAACAGUGUCUACACAGUCUCCAAUAGUGUCUACACAGUCUCAACAGUGUCUAUACGGUCUCAACAGUGCCCUACGCGAUUCUCCAGCAGUGCCUACAGUCUCCAGCAGUGUCUCACACAGUCUCCAACGGUGCCUACAGUCUCCAGCAGUGCCUACACAGUCUUGGUGCCUACAGUCUCCAACAGUGCCCCUACGGUCUCAACGGUGCUUCACAGUCUCCAACAGUGCCCUACAGUCUCAGCAGUGCCCUGCAGUCUCCAACAGUGCCCUACACAGUCUCCACCCAGUGUCCUACCACGGUCUCCAACGGUGUCCUGCACAGUCCCAACAGUGCCCUACACAGUCUCAGCAGUGUCCUACAGUCUCCAACAGUGCCCUACACAGUCUCAACAGUGCCUACACGGUCUCCAGCAGUGCCUACACGGUCUCUCCAACAGUGCCCUACACAGUCUCCAGCAGUGUCUGCAGUCUCCCAACAUUGCCCUCCCACGGUCUCCAGCAGUGCCUACAGUCUCCCAACGGUGUCCUGCAGUCUCCAGCAGUGCCCUGCAGUCUCCAGCAGUGCCCUACACAGUCUCCAACAGUGUCCUACACAGUCUCAACAUCUCCAACAGUGCCCUACACGGUCUCCACCAGUGUCUGGUCUCAACAGUGUCCUACGGUCUCAACAGUGUCUAUACAGUCUCAGCGGUGCCCCUACACAGUCUCAACAGUGCCUACACAGUCUCCACCAGUGUCCUACGUGCCAACAGUGUCCACAGUCUCCAGCAGGUGUCCUACACAGUUGUCCUACACAGUCUCCAACAGUGUCCUGCGACACAGUAUCCAACAGUGUCCUAUACAAUGUCCAACAGUGUCCUACACAGUCUCCAACAGUGUCCUAUACAGUGUCCAACAGUGCCCUACUCAGUGUCCUACCAAAUAUCCAACAGUGUCAUACACAGUGUCCAACCGUCUCCUACACAGUGUCAUAUACAGUAUCCAACAAAGCCGUACACAGUAUCCAUCAGUGUCCUACAGUGUCCAACACUGUCCUAUACAGAUACAGAAACCAACACUGUCCUACACAGUGUCCAACACCGCCCUACACUGUGUCCAACAGUAGGCACUGUGUCCAAAACCGUCCUAUACAGUAUCCAACAGUAUGCACAGUGUUCAACAGUGUCCUACAGUAGGCACAGUGUCCAACACCGUCCUACACAGUGUCCAACAGUAGGCACAGUGUCCUACACAGUGUCCAACAGUAGGCACAGUGUUCAACAGUGUCCUACACAGUGUUCAGUAGUGUCCUACACAGUGUUCAACGGAGUCCUCCACAGUGUCUUACAAAGUGUCCAACAGUGUCCAUCCCAGUGUUCAAAAGUGGUCUACACAGUGUCCAACCGUGUCCUACACAGUGUUCAACAGUGUCCUAAGUGUCCAACAGUGUCCUGCACAGUUUUCAACAGUGUCCUACACAGUGUCCAACAGCGUCCUACACAGUAUCCAACAGUGUUCUACACAGUGUUCAAAAGUGUCCUACACAAUGUCCAACAGUGUCCUACACACUCUCCAGGGCUCAAGCUGGAAGAACAUGCCUCAGACUGGAGACAUGAUGACUUGACCCGGUGUUGA